CACAGGAAUUAUAAGUCAAUAACAAAUGACUCAUUAUGGAAGAUAAAUUUUACUUGACAAAUUAUUAUCUAAAGAAAAGAAUUAUUAUAAUGUUAACAAUGAAGAAAGAGAAAAAGAAAAAACUAUAUAAAGAAUUAUAUAUAUAUGAAUUAUGUACGUGAAGGAAAAAGAACAUAUGUCAAAUGUAAAUAUUUUAUAACGGGUACAAUUUGUUAUGGGAACGGCCCUGAGGUCGGAUGACCGCAUGCGGGUAGAAACCGACGCCUCGAAACCAAUUUACCGCAUCCGGUCUGUGCAGUUUUACUUGAUCAUGAGGUGUGAUCUCACUGGACAGUGGGUUGCAUUUUGACAAAUUAACGUCAAAAUGUGCGAGACCGAGAGAUUAAUCAAUCUCGUGAAAAAUUAUCCAAUCUUGUAUAAUAUGAAGAAUAAAUAUUACAAGGACAUUAAUAAGAAAGCAACAGUAUGGAAAGAAAUAGCGAUUCAAUUGGAUUUGGAAGAUGGUACAGUAGCAAAAAAUAAAUGGAGGCACCUUCGUGAUUGUUAUGGAAAAUAUUUACGAUCACAAUCAGAUGCUACAGGACAAUGUAACAAAAAAUAUAGAAGGUGGACUUGGGCUAAUCAGAUGGAUUUUUUAAAGCCUUAUGUAACCACUAGACAAAUCGAUUUAAAUCAUGUAGGAAGUUAUUCGGAUAGUGAUACAGAUACAAAGAUCAAAAGUGAACCUGCUGGCCAUGAAGAUAUUGUGCAAUAUUUCAAUGAUUCUCAUAAUGAAGAAAUGCCAGUUUCUAGGCAUUGCUCGAUACAACCAACUUUAAAUCUAAAUAUACCUGAAGAGACAAUAGAAUAUUUACAAACGAGAAAAGUACAAAAAUGUAUGGAUGCAAUGGAUUUGUUAUUUUUAAGUUAUGCGCAAACAUUGAAGACUCUUUCUCCUCAGAGACAAAUAGCAAUCAAAUUACAGAUUGCACAAAUUAUAAACAGUGCAGAGAUAGCACAACUUGGAGAACGUGAUAGAUUACGUUUUCCAACAACGCCAUCGUCACCUACAUAGUACUUGCUUUUUUCUUUUUUUUUUUUUUUUUUUUUUUUUUUUUUU